UUUAAACAGCCUAUCAUGACGUGUAAAUAACCUGUCCACAUUUUCUCCAGAUAUUUGCAACAAUCAACAAUUAUUUAUUGAAAAACCAGUAAAAUAACACAAGAAAAUGGUUUUAAUGACGAUGAUAGCCCGUGUGGCCGACGGGCUACCAUUAGCAGCCACAAUGCAAGAAGAUGAACAGUCCGGAAGAAAUAUACUAGAAUAUCAAAAUCAGGCAAAGAUGCUCUUUAGGAAACUAGGACCACAAUCACCUGUUAGAUGCACAAUUGAAACUGGUCCUUAUUUAUUCCAUUAUUUAAUAGAACAUGACAUUUGCUACCUAGUACUCUGUGAACAGAACUACUCAAAAAGACUGGCAUAUUCUUAUCUGGAUGACAUUGCACAAGAAUUUCAUCGUCAGUAUGGAAAACGAGUGAAUACAGUCACAAGACCAUACAGUUUCAUUGAGUUUGAUAACUACAUUCAGAAAGCAAAGAAGAUUUUCUUAGAUUCGAGAUCCAGACGGAAUAUUAGCAACAUUAACAAUCAACUGCAAGAUGUCCAGAGGAUUAUGGUUCAGAAUAUCGAUGAUGUAUUACAGCGAGGCACAGUUUUAUCAGAAUUGGAUACAAAAACACAAAAUCUAUCAAUGCUGACGCAAAAAUACAAGAAAGACGCAACUUAUUUGAACACAAAGUCGAUGUACGUGAAGUGCGCAGUUGGUGGCAUCGCACUCCUGGUGUUUGUCUUAUAUUUCUGGGUAUUAUAAGCAAUCCACACGAUUUUGGGACUGACGCACCGCUAAAGAUGAUAAUAAUUACGGAAUUACUUCGUUAAUGCCAGAAAUAUUAAUUAAUUUGGGCGUUAAUUUAAUUGGACAGUUAUUCUAUAAUAAUAAUUACUGCAUUUUACGAUGUAUUGUUUAGUUUAAUUGGUAAAAUGAAAAUAAUAAUAUAUUUACUCAA